AAAAUUUUUUUCUCAUUUCUUUAAUUAAUUAAUAUUAUUAUCUCAGAUACCACGCCAUCCCAUGGACGUACACAGAACUUACAGAAAACGUUCUGGGAAUGUCCAGCACCGGACGUCCCAUGGACGUACAGAGAACGUACAGAAAACGUUCUGGGAAUGUCCAGCACCGGACGUUCCGUGGACGUACAUAAGACGUUCCUGUUCCUGUGCUAUCUGGAGAACGUUCUGGGAAUGUCCACAUCGGACGUCCCAGGGACGUACAUAAAAUGUCCACGCCGGACGUCCCAGGGACGUCCUGCGAUGUACCUGGGUCGUUCCAGGGACGUUCACAGGACGUUCACAGGACGUUCAGGAGACGUUUGGACGUUAUCUGGACGUCCCGAACGUCCAGUACCGGACGUCUUAUGGACGUACAUAAGACGUCUCUGUGCUAUCUGGGAUAUAAAUAUGAAUUCAGGAAGAAAGUUAUAGCAAAAGGAGCUGUGCCUUUGAAACGCGUGAACACGCUAAUGGAUGAAGAGUCUGGAAAGCCACCUGAAAAAAUAAUGAAAAUUACUUUUACAGAAACCACAAAAACUGAAGAAGUGCCUGGUAAAGAAUAAAAAAAAAUAGAGAACAUUCUACGAGCAAAGAAAAAAAGAAAACAGCCAAACUAUAUAACAAAUAAAUAAAUUUGUGUAUAAUUGAAACAAAGUCUUAAUGUGUGUUUAUUAUAAUAUUAUCCUAAGUAUAAUUUAUCCUCAUAAAAUAAGCAUUUUACAUAACGAUAAAUAUUUGUUUAGUCGUUAACCGACUCUCAUUUUCUCAGUUUAAUUAAUUUUAAAAGUUAAAAUAUUUAUCUUUAUAAAACCUUUUAUUGGAGAUGCAUG